AUGGAACGUCCAAAAGUGGUGGUUCCACUGCAUACCACGAUUUUUUUCCGACCACAAAAUACCGAAUUGGCGUCCGAUAACCUUUGGAAACCGCCCAACGAAGAGCUUGUGAAGAAAAUGGUGCCAUCCGGAGAAGCCAGACAAUGUAUUGGCCAGCUGGAUGCAACACACGCACAGAUUGAGAGCUACGAGAUUUUUGAAAAUAGCGUCUUAUGCCAUUAUUCAACAGAGUCUGCGGAACAAUCUACAGUAUUUAUUCAUUAUUCAAUACCCCUAGAACAAAAGUUGACAAAACCCCAGAGCGAACAAUUAAUGCAACUUUCGGCAAAACUCGGCAUCGAUGUUGUUGUGGUCCCCUACGAUGUAUACACUCCCGGGGCUAAAAACAGGGGAAAGCGGGUUCUGUGCUUGCUGGGACCCCAGGAGCAGGUCCAUGCUGGCAAGGCAAACAUACUGGCGUUACUCGACCUCUUUAGCAAUAAAGUGGUCGAAUGCGUGAGUGUGGACAGUCCGGCGCUGUUUCCGGUUUGUGCGGGGGUCGAUCUUAAUAAUGUGGAAUACUUUCAAAAGCUUUACAAUGUGAAGAUCAUAAUGCCACACACCUGGGGAAAAUCCUGUAAUCUUCUCUUCAUCUCUGGAAGGGCGCAUUCUUCCGUUUUGGCUGCCAAAGAAUGUCUCGAGGAAUUGAUCCAGGGAGCAAAGAACAGCAUGUACUACUCGGCCCUGCAAAACAUGUCCCCGUUGAAAUUGCUUUACUUGUCGAAGUUCCACCAGAACGAGAUAAAAGCCAUUAUGGAAAAGCAUCAAUGUUUCAUUCAAAUGGAAGCGCAAACUGUACGGUUUGCCUCUACCUCUAUCACCGCCUUGCGUUCUGCUAUCAGACACUUUACAUUGGAAGCUUUGAUGCCGGUGUUCGAAGCAUAUAUUAGUUUCCCAAACGCCGACGAAUCGCAACAAAAAAAACUGGUGGCCAACCUUCACAAACUUGCAUCAGAGCAUGGCAUAAUCAUAAUGCAGCUUGACACGGAGGUAGCAAGUUACGUGCUGAUCAGCAGCUACCAGAACAUUUCAGGAUGUUUAGUCGCCAUAGAAAAGCAUGGUAUCUCUGGUGAAAUACAGAUCAAAUAUUCCAUCGAGUUGGAUCCAGCAUACAGAGACUUUGUCUCUGGCAAGAAGAGCGGCAAAAUCAACAGGAUAAUGGAAAAUGCUAAAUGCGGAAUAAACUUGGUGUUUAAAGAAAGUCACCACAACAUGUUCAUAACACUUACCGCGGACUCUUUCCAGAAAUCUGAACUUGGAAUUUCCCUUCUAAGCGAUGAACUACCGGCCGAGGAUUCGUUCUUCAUCCCAGAUGCAUAUCACAGGCCAGUCAUUGGAACAAGAGGAUCAGUGAUACAAACCAUAAUGAGGAAAUACAAUGUCUUUAUUCAAUUUUCCAAUACAUUUCGGGCACAACGGAACAAUUACGGCUUUAUCAGACUAGAUAAUGUGAUCGUGAGAUGCCCUUUCAAAAACAGAAAGUCUAUCCCCCUGGCUAAAAAUGAGUUAAAACGAAUUGUGGCUGAAUACAGCGAACUGCAACCCAAAACAUGUAUUCGUAUGUCAGUGGGCCAGUAUCGGCACUUUUUUCACGAUGCACAACAUAGGCAUAAAGUGAUCAGCGACAUUGAAAGGAAGACAGGAACGUAUAUCAUGUUCCCAGCUCAGAUCCCAAGCCAAAAUCAAAGUUUGGAAAUUCGAGGGAAUGAUCAAAGUUCCGUGGAUGCAGCUGAAGAGCUGCUGAAGCACUUGUCGUCGGAAAGGCUUAUAACGCUAGAUAAUUCGUUGUCGGACACAGUUGACUUCUCUAACAAGGUGGUGGCAUCGCUCAGAAAAGUGCUGAAUAUCGAAGCAACGCUAGAGGGAAAGUCGUUGAGGUUAAAUUUUGUAGGUCUCGAUGACAAGCAAAUAUCCAAGGCAUUGGAUAUUGUUGAGGCAUACAUGGACACAAAAAACGUUCGAAUAAAAGCAGACGAGAAGCUUGAUCUGAGAUCACUCCUCAAAAUUUCCUAA